AUGGCAAACCAAAACUCUAAUAAUCCAAACCUCAAUCAAAAUCAAUUCCAAUCCCGAGGAACCUUUCAUCCCGCCCAAAAUGUUCAACCUAUACCUCAAGAACGACCGGGUGGUAACAAUAACAAUGGACCACCCACACCACCUUCCCAAAACCAAAAUCCCAACAACAACCAAAGAACACCCCAACACCAAAACCUUCAUCGACAACAAUCCUUACCCCUAAACCUUGAUGACCGGAAUGUCAACUCCGAUCGUCGAGGCAACCGAGAUCGUGGCAAUCCCACGAACGAAGACCCAUUCUUCAACAUAGACGACUUGAGGAACGCCAUCCCCGAUGACGAACCUUAUAGUGUUCCCGGAUAUCAAUCGCGGGAGUAUGUGAGUGUUCAUACAGAAAAUUCGGAUGACGGGGGCUACUAUGAUGAUCGAGUUAAUCAUGACGAAGAUUGGGGGUACUUGAAUCGGGGUAAUAGCUACAAUGCGAGAAGGUAUGAAGAUGACGAAUUUGGCUACCAAAACGCCAAUUAUGUUGGGGAUGGUGAUUAUGGAUAUGGGAAUGGAAGAAAUGAUGGUUACGAGAACAACCGUCAACCACGAAACAAUUAUCAACGGAACCGGAACAAUGGUUUUUACAACAAUAACAACAAUGCUAACCAUAACCGGAUUCCCCGUUUCGUGGGAGGUGGCAAUCAAAGAGGUAAUCAAGGUAGAAAUCAAGGUGGGGAUAGGAGGGGUGAGCAAGGGACAACCGAAGACCGGUUGAUCAAGAAGUUAACAGUCCGCAUCGUCGUCAACAACCUCCAUGGGGAGUAA